AUGCCUAAGUCUACUUUGCUCAGUAUAGAUGCGUUUGCCAAGACUGAGGAGGACGUCCGCGUGCGUACGCGGACUGGUGGGUUCGUUACGCUCGCUUGUGUGUUGGUGACAAUUAUGUUGUUGUUGAAAGAAUGGACCCAAUUACACACGGUAGUACAUCGUCCGCAGCUGGUGUUGGACCGCGAUCGUCAUUUGAAGUUGGACCUGGACUUGGAUAUCACUUUUCCUAACAUGCCAUGUGCUCUGCUGAGCCUUGACAUUGUCGACGAUUCUAGAGAGAUACAACUAGACCUACUGGACGAAGGUUUUACCAAGACUAGAUUGAACAGUAACGGCAAGGCUAUUAGUACCGAGGAAUUUAACGUGCAUAACGACCAGGUUGACUCUUCGCAGCUUCCAGAAGACUACUGUGGACCAUGUUACGGUGCACGGGACCAAGAAGGUAAUGCUAACGCUGCUCCAAAAGAUCGUGUAUGUUGUCAGACAUGUGACGAUGUGCGCCAGGCUUAUGCUGCAAAGGGAUGGGCGUUCUUCGAUGGGAACAACGUGGAGCAGUGUGAGCGCGAGGGCUAUGUAGAACGUUUGCAGCGGGAGUUACACGAGGGCUGCCGUAUUCGCGGAAAAGCCCAAUUGAACAGAAUCCAGGGAAAUAUCCACUUUGCACCCGGAAGACCUAUACAAGUUCGCCGGACUCACUCCCACGAUUCGUCCCUAUAUGCGAAAUAUAAGCACCUGAACUUCAACCAUAUCAUCAACCAUCUCGCCUUCGGGCCACCCCAGAAACUGGACUCGAACCCUACCACCGGCAGUCCCCUCGAUAACCACCAUGCAAUUGUCGAGCAGGAUCCCCAUUCCCGCAUCUUUUCCUAUUUUGCGAAGAUCGUCCCUACGCGUUUCGAACGUCUAGACGGCACAGUCCUGGAAACCGCAGAAUUCAGCGCCACCGCCCACGACCGCCCACUCUCAGGGGGGCGGGACCACGACCACCCAAACACGUUGCAUUUGAGCGGAGGAAUCCCAAGUAUUACAAUCUACUUCGAAAUGUCGCCGUUAAAGGUUAUCAACCGCGAAGAGCAUGCUCUCUCGUGGUCGGGCUUCGUCCUCAACUGUAUCACUAGUGUCGGCGGUGUCCUCGCAGUAGGUACAGUCGUCGACAAACUAGUCUACAGAGCUCAGCGGACAAUAUGGAACAAGAAAUCACGCUAA